AGAGAGUGAGGGGGCGGAACCCUGCUGAGCCCCUGCGCUGAACGACAGCCAAUCGCUUCGUUCUCCUAACUGCCAGUCACCGAAAUCCGUCCAAUACCCGCAGUGCCAUUUCUAAACUGUAUUCCCCACUGUGUCCUCCAACUGUUGUAUGUUCUGCCAAUCGCUUGAGGACAGAGUGGGAAAAGGAGCAAGCAGAGUUAGAAGCCGGACAAAAGAACUUAUAGACCCCUUAUAUACAUAUUUUCCUAAUGUUUUAGAGAGCGUGGUGUGGUGAAAAGCAAUUGCGGUGAGUGCGGAUGGACUUGUCAGUGUAGUUAUGGAACCCCCUUUAAGCAAGAGGAAUCCGGCGAUAAGAUUAGGGGAUUUGGCAGCGACUCAACCCCUUCCUCAUCAGAAUAUGACAGGCUUCCCGGGGCUAGGGGGGCAUCACCCUCUCUCCCACCAUGCCCACCUCCACCCUGGGGAGCUGGGCAACGACCCCGGAGUGGCACUCACUCCAUUUGGACCAGAGCACAUGGCACAGACAAAUGCUCUCAAACUUAGCCCAUCUCAGCACAUUCAGAGCCACCACGAAGCCCAGACCGCGGCAUCUUUCACUUCUGCUCAGACCACAGUUGGUUUCCCCGUGGCUCACCCCCACUCAGGCUACUCAAGCAGCAGGGACUUCAUCCUCAGGAGAGAACUCUCAGCCUCUGCUAUGCAUGCACUUGGCGACCAGCAUAGUUCCGCCUCCUCCCCUCAUCACCAUGGCAUGUUCAUCUCGCCAACAGGUGCUUAUGGGCACGCGGAAAGUGGGGCCCAUUCACUUUUUACUGGACUUCACGACCAGGCGUCCCCAGGUGCCCACCACCAUGCCCUCAAUGGGCAGAUGCGCCUGGGUAUACCGGGGGACAUCUACGGCAGGCCAGAGCACUUCGGGCACAGGCCAGAGCACUAUGGACCCUCUUCUCUCCACAGCUACAACUCCAUGAACCUCAAUGUGAACAUCGCUUCUGCUCCUCACGGAGCGGCGGGGGCGUUUUUAAGAUACAUGCGGCAGCCCAUAAAGCAAGAGCUAAUCUGCAAAUGGAUUGACCAGGAGCAAAGUCAAAAAAAGCCCUGCUCUAAAACUUACAGCACCAUGCACGAACUGGUCAACCACGUCACGGUGGAGCAUGUCGGGGGACCGGAGCAGAGCUCCCACGUCUGUUUUUGGGAGGAAUGUCCACGGGAAGGAAAGGCUUUCAAAGCGAAGUACAAACUGAUAAAUCACAUCCGAGUUCAUACGGGAGAAAAGCCAUUCCCGUGUCCUUUCCCGGGUUGUGGAAAGGUCUUCGCUCGAUCGGAGAAUUUAAAGAUUCACAAGAGGACUCACACAGGUGAGAAACCUUUCAAGUGCGAGUUUGACGGCUGUGACAGAAAAUUCGCCAACAGCAGCGACCGGAAGAAGCACUCUCACGUCCACACCAGCGACAAGCCUUACUACUGCAAAGUCCGUGGCUGUGACAAAUCCUACACACACCCGAGCUCGCUGCGGAAGCACAUGAAAGUGCACUGCAAGUCCCCGCCGCCCCCUUCCACCAACGUCAGCUACAUUUCCUCCACAAAUCCACUCGGAGACCCUCUUUCACCCAACUCCGAGGCGCACAGGAACCGCUCCGCGAACCUCUCCCCUCAGGUCACCAACCUCAACGAGUGGUACGUGUGCCAGGGGAGCGGAGGACCCAACCACCUCCACACCCCCUCCAGCGAUGUGCCAACGUCAGAUUCAGACGAGGACUCUUUCAGAAAUUCAGACCCGAGGACAAUGCUCUGACGCCCCGUUUACAACCACUGACUGUUCAACUUGUCAUCUAGUCGACCCGUUAACGUGUGUGUAGAUCCAUGCUGGCCCGUGCGCUUGGGAUAUUGAUCAGUUAUUUUCACUGUAGUAUUAUUAAACGACUGUGCUCAAUGCAGAUAAUUCACUAUUAUUCGUGGAUGCAGUGCCGGCUUAACUACCUGAGGAAGAAUUUCUCUCAAGGUGACCCCUGACCUUUCUUAAAAUGCAGAUCAAAACUGUCAAAAUAAAACAUUUGUCACCGACAUUAGAAUUGAAAUUAAGUGUUAAAAAACCCUUGCUUCUUACUUAAACCAUUCGAAACCAUUCGAGCCAUUCGAAACCAUUCAAAUAUGCAGGGUUUAAUUAACUGCAUGGCUUAAGACUCAACUGGUGUGCUGAAAUGACAUCUUUCAUGUGACCUCCCGUCACCCCCUUGCAGUUUAAUAACUCGCUGGCUAUCAAUCACUGUCAUAUUCCAGACAUUUAAGGAAAAGGAAUGGUACUGCUUGUAACCCCACAAAUGGCAACAAAUGUUUAUGGACAGAAUCUAGAAUAUGAGGCUUUUUUAUUUCAUGUGAUUUCUUUAUAAGAUGUGGUACAAACUUUGAUAAACCAAUAAGGAAAACAAAAAAAAGAGGAGGCAAACAUCUUAGUGUCUUAAGGGUUCUCAUUUACCUUUUCAGAUUUAUACAAUACAUGUGUUUGGAUGAAUUUUGUAAUAUUUAAGAACUAUUUAAGACUAUAUUUUAUGCAAAAUACACAAGUGUUAUGCUCGUUAAAGAGUAAAGUCCCUUGAGACCCUAAAUGUCUACACUGACAGGCUUUGGCCCUGUAGGAUUUGUAUAUAUGUAAUUGUACUGAUGCUUGUGAAUGUUGUGUAGUUUUAAUUACAAAAAAAAAUGUUGUUUUGUACAUUGUAAUUUAUUUACUGAUAUCAAUGUUGUACUGGAAUUACAGGAACACCAAAGAAUAAUAAUAUCAGUUUUGGUGAUGCAUAGUACCCUGCUGAUGUUUUUUUUGUUGUUUUUCUUUCUCAAUUUCAUGUUGCUUUUCUGUUCACUUUUUUGUGUUCUGUAAAAGAAGAAACAUUUACUUGAAUAGGCUGUGUAAUGUGAAAAGUCCCUUUCUCGCAUGCCUUUUGUAGUGAUCUGUCUUUCUCUUUGAGGUGCAUGGUGCCGUUGGACAUGAUGGAUAAAAAAAGAGAUGAAUCAGCUAUUGUGCAGAUCUUUGAUGUUCAAAAUUAAAUUUGCAAUAUAAGUUUCAUGCUAAAAAAUAAUAAUAAAAAA